ACUUCCUCCUCUCCUCUCGGGACGCUGACAUAUUCCGUUCCCUCCCUUUUCUCACUUCCCAUUCCUUUCUCUGCGCAGCCAUGUCUCUGCUGGUUGACAAAACCACCGGUGGCCGCGAGUACAAGGUCAGGGACCUGUCUCAGGCCGAUUUCGGUCGCCUCGAGAUUGAUCUCGCCGAGGUCGAAAUGCCCGGCCUCAUGGCCUGCCGUACUGAAUUCGGCCCUUCCCAACCCUUCAAGGGCGCCAGAAUCACCGGUUCUCUUCACAUGACCAUUCAGACCGCCGUCCUCAUUGAGACCCUCACCGCUCUCGGUGCCGAAGUCCGUUGGUGUUCCUGCAACAUUUUCUCCACUCAGGACCACGCCGCCGCCGCUAUUGCCCGCGACAGCGCGUCCGUCUUCGCCUGGAAAGGGGAGACGCUUCAGGAGUACUGGUGGUGCACUGAGCGUUCCCUCGACUGGGGUCCGGGCGGUGGGCCGGAUCUCCUUGUCGAUGAUGGCGGUGACGCUACUCUUUUGAUCCAUGAGGGUGUUAAGGCCGAAGAGGCCUACGAGAAGACCGGCCAGCUGCCAGAUCCGGCUUCUACGGACAAUGCCGAGUUUCAGAUUGUUCUCACCAUCAUCAGGGAUGGGUUGAAGACUGACCCCAAGAGGUACCACAAAAUGAAGCAGAGACUCGUCGGUGUGUCGGAGGAGACCACCACUGGUGUCAAGAGGCUGUACCAGAUGCAGGCUAAUGGCACGUUGUUGUUCCCUGCCAUCAAUGUCAACGACUCUGUCACGAAGAGCAAGUUUGAUAACUUGUAUGGUUGCCGCCACUCUCUUCCUGAUGGAUUGAUGAGAGCCACUGAUGUCAUGAUUGCUGGGAAGGUUGCUGUUGUAUGUGGGUAUGGAGAUGUUGGUAAGGGUUGUGCUUCUUCCUUGAAGCAGGCUGGAGCUCGUGUGAUUGUGACAGAGAUUGAUCCCAUUUGUGCCCUUCAAGCUCUCAUGGAAGGUUUACAAGUUCUGACCCUGGAUGAUGUUGUUUCCGAGGCUGACAUCUUCGUUACUACCACUGGAAACAAAGACAUUAUCAUGGUUUCUGACAUGAGGAAAAUGAAGAACAAUGCUAUUGUUUGCAAUAUCGGCCACUUCGACAACGAAAUUGAUAUGCUAGGGCUUGAGACAUACCCUGGUGUGAAGCGUAUCACCAUUAAACCUCAAACUGACAGAUGGGUCUUCCCUGACACUAACAAAGGCGUCAUUGUAUUGGCGGAGGGUCGUUUGAUGAACUUGGGUUGUGCCACAGGGCACCCUAGCUUUGUGAUGUCCUGCUCCUUCACCAACCAAGUCAUUGCUCAGCUUGAGUUGUGGAAGGAGAAGGCAACUGGCAAGUAUGAGAAGAAGGUUUAUGUCUUGCCUAAGCACCUGGAUGAGAAGGUUGCUGCUCUUCAUCUUGGCAAGCUUGGAGCUAAGCUUACUAAGCUCUCGAAAGAUCAGGCUGACUACAUCAGCGUGCCCAUUGAGGGUCCAUACAAGCCUGCUCACUACAGGUACUGAGCUGACCGGGACAUUAGAUUGCGAGAAAAAGGGACGCUGACCGCUCGGCUUGAUUGUUUCUUUUUGUGGGAGAAUGAUAGGUUUCUGAACUUCGUAGGAUUUCUAUUCUGAUGAUGGGGUGGUAAGAGUAUGGGAAAGGAAACCUAUUGGUCCAUUUCAGAUAGGACAAACUAGGUUUGGAAUAAGGUUUUGGUUGGGGUUGUGUCUGGUUACGGUUGAUUAGCAUUAUAUAAUUUGUGUAUCGUUGCGAUCUCCAAAACAUGAAAGAAAAAAAGAAUAGAAAAAAGCAAAAGUUAUUUACUGCCUCUUA